AUGGACGCUUUCACACAUGUUCCUCCCGGCUUUCGUUUCCACCCUACCGAUGAAGAACUCGUUGAUUACUACCUUAGGAAAAAGGUAGCACUGAAGAAGAUAGACUUGGAUGUUAUAAAAGAUGUGGAUUUAUACAAAAUUGAGCCUUGGGAUCUGCAAGAAAAGUGCAGGAUUGGAGCUGAAGAGCAAAACGAGUGGUACUUCUUCAGCCACAAGGACAAGAAGUACCCAACCGGCACUCGCACCAACAGAGCAACGACGGCCGGUUUCUGGAAGGCCACAGGGAGAGACAAGCCGAUCUAUGUGAAGAACUACCUCGUAGGGAUGAGGAAGACACUAGUUUUCUACAAAGGCCGGGCGCCCAAUGGACAGAAGUCAGAUUGGAUCAUGCACGAGUAUCGCUUGGAGACCAACGAAAAUGGAAUUCCACACGAAGAAGGAUGGGUUGUCUGCAGGGUGUUCAGGAAGCGACUCGCGACUGUCCAAAGAAUGGUUGGGGACUCCCCUUACUGGUUCAACGACCACACGGGGUUCAUGGCACCGGAGCCUGGCUCGCCGAGGCAGGCGACGCACCUCCAGCAGAGCGCCAUGAUGUACCACAGGCACCAGAGCAGCUACAGCUACCCUUGCAAGGUGGAGCUGGAGUACCACCACCUCCUUCCCCAGGAGCACUUCCUGCAGCAGCUCCCUCAGCUGGAGAGCCCCAAGCUCCCUGACCUUAUUGGCCAAGUAGACACUACUCUCCAGCCAUGUGGCCUUACGCAGGACCAUGGUGCCACUCGAUACACCGUGCAGGAGCUCCAGGCCGAGCCUCUCUAUCUGACGGCUGGGGAUGCGUCAGGCACAGAUUGGCGAGCUCUCGACAAGUUCGUGGCGUCCCAGCUCAGCAACGGCGACACCACUCCUAAGGAGUCCGUUAGCUACUCCAAUCCAACACAAGUGUUUCAGCAGUCUGAGGAGAAAGAAGAGCCAUUGGACUACGUGUCAACGUCAGCUUCCUGUGGUGGGGACAAUGAUUUGGGAAACCUGUUCGCUUGAUUGUUUCUGUGAUUUAUAAGUCGGCUGAUGCUAUUUUACUGUGAGAGAAAAACACUGUAUCAUGGCUGAUACGAUCGAGCGAACAGGGUGUAG